UCCCUUCUUUCGCCCGGCGCUCGCCUUGGGUUGGCGCCGGCGCGGUUGGCCUUUACUCCCGUCCCGGAAGGGAUCUUCGCUCCCACAGUCCCUUGCGCCCUCCUUUCCGGUGUAGGCCCGGGCAGGUGUUGCACAGAUGGCUCCUGCAAAGAAAGGUGGUGAGAAGAAGAAGGGACGCUCUGCCAUCAACGAGGUGGUGACUAGGGAAUACACCAUCAACAUUCACAAGCGCAUCCAUGGCGUGGGCUUCAAGAAACGAGCACCGCGUGCUCUCAAGGAAAUCCGUAAAUUUGCCAUGAAGGAGAUGGGGACUCCCGAUGUUCGCAUUGACACCAGACUGAACAAAGCCGUCUGGGCUAAAGGAAUAAGGAACGUUCCUUAUCGUAUCCGUGUGCGCUUGUCCAGAAAGCGCAACGAGGAUGAAGAUUCACCAAACAAGCUGUACACGCUGGUUACCUAUGUACCAGUCACAACAUUCAAAGGUCUACAGACAGUCAAUGUGGAUGAAAAUUAAACUGAUUUUCAUUACAAUAAAAUGACCAAAAAAAAGUU